AUGCUUCCAAUCGAGGUUGCCCGCUCAUUGGGCUCACAAUGGCCCUGCCGCGAUGUGCAGGCGCGCCAACUUGCCAGUCUUUUCAGUCCCCAUGUCCCUAGCCCUCCAACAGUCGUCGUUCACGGGAUCUCGGCGACCUGCAAAUCAACUAUCCUCCGCGGCGUCCUCUCUACCCUUGAAGUGCCACACGCCAUUAUCCGCAGCUCGGAAUGCAUCACAGGUCGACACCUGCUGACAAAGAUCUUAUGGAAUACAUUGGAGGCCUUGGGCCAAAAGGAAGAGUGGGAGAAGGCCGGUAAGGGACGCUGCGAGCAUGUCAGUGGCCUGGCAGUUCUCCUCGAGGAGUGUUUGGCAGCGCGGAAUUCCGACAACUCCCAGAAAUUCGUUUUGGUGUUGGAUGAGAUAGAUAGGCAGAGAGAGGCGCCGCAUACCUUGUUGUCAGCUCUGGCACGGCUAGGAGAGAUUAUUCCGUCUCUCUGUGUCGUUCUCGUUCUCAGCUCGACACCGCGGCCGCUGUUCCUUCAAAGUGCGGCGGUCCCGCACAUCAGCUUUCCUCCGUACACGCGCAAGGAGGCCAUCGACAUUAUCCUCGCCUCCAAUGCGCCGGUUGUUGAUGGCCUCCCGGAUGAGACUUCCCUGCGAGUAUAUCCAUACUUCGUUGCUACGAUCUACGACUCACUGGUUGGACCGACAGCAGGCUCUAUUCCAAACUUUCGAUCCAUAUGCGAGAGAUUGUGGCCUAAGUUUGUUGCGCCUGUGGUGAAUGGCGAAGCACCUCCUGGCGGAAACAUGGAGUGGGAUUUCUCGAGAUUGCUGGUUAAGAACAGAUCAAUCUUCCGACAUCAGGGCGAGUCAGCGCUGGUGCACCGCAUCGUGCCCGAAGAUACAUUGACGCCCAUCGCAAAACAACGGACUCCAUUGUCAAAUGUCACCAUGAUGCCCUCAGCCCUCCCAUCCCUCCCAUACUUCUCAACUCUCAUCCUCACAUCCGCAUACCUGGCCUCCCACACCCCCCAGCGCCUUGACACAAUCUUCUUCUCCAAAUUCUCCUCAUCCUCCCUCUCAGCCCGAAACAAACGCGCCCACCAUCGCCGCCGCCUGAAAGUCCUCUCCCAAGCCCAAGCGGAAGAAAGACAAGCGGCAAACGACGGCCCCUCAAACCCAAACAAGCGAGGAAAAGGCAAGCGUACAAAAACCCGCAUCACAAAAUCCACCCUCUCAUCUGCCUUCGCGACCUCCUCAGCCACAACCUCCGCUACAGGCGGUGGCGCCGGUAUAACCGGCCCAUCGACAAUUCUCACAGCUCGUCCUUUCCCCCUAGAGCGCCUCCUAGCAAUCUACCACGCUAUUGACCCAAAUCCACCUGCCACGCCUCUCCGCGUUGCGGCAGUCGCGGAUCGGAUCUACGCUGAACUUGCUACACUGCGGCGACUGCGUCUUGUUGUCCCUGCUGCUGGGCAUAAUGGUGCCGCUAGUAGUAGUGGAAAUACUACUGCUGAUGCAGGUGAUAAGUGGACUGUCAAUGUCUCUGGGGAUUGGGUCGGCGAGCUUGCUAAGGGGAUUGGUGUUGAGGUUGGGGAGUGGCUUGCUGGUGGAUUGGAUUGA